AUUGUUUUUGACAUUCGAUCAUGAGUGAUAAGUCCAUAUUUAUUACGACUCUUUGUUCAUCGAAAAUAAGAACACAGUGUGUUUCCUUAUAGCGUAGUAUAAAUACAGUGAAAUCUUGAAAAACGGAGAUCGUUUGCGUACACACAAGAUAUACAUAUUAUAUUUAUAUAUGUAUCGACUGUUAUUGUGACUAAUAAACGUCAGAUGUAAUUUACAUUGUCAGUUAUAAUAAAAUGGCUUUGAUCGUUGGAUUCGUUAUUUUAUCCUUAAUCUCUGUCACACUGUGCAACGUUAUUUACUAUCAACCUGAAGCUGUGCAUCUUGCCUAUGGAGACAAUAUUCAUGAUAUUGUUGUGACAUGGAGUACCAGAAACAAUACAGAAGAAUCAAUCGUGGAAUAUGGAGUAGAAGGAUUAAUUCUUACAGCGACAGGAAAUUCCACUCUAUUUAUUGAUGGUGGAGAUGAAAAACAAAAACAAUACAUCCAUAGAGUAUGGUUGAAAAAUUUAACACCCAAUAGUAAAUACCUUUAUCAUUGUGGUAGUAAAUACGGAUGGUCAAAUGUAUUCUAUGUAAAAACUGCUCCUAAAGACUCGGCAGAAUGGUCUCCACAAAUUGUUAUAUUCGGUGACAUGGGUAACGAAAAUGCUCAGAGUUUGUCAAGAUUGCAGGAAGAAGCACAACGUGGACUAUACGAUGCAGCAAUUCAUGUAGGAGAUUUUGCAUAUGAUAUGGACACUGAUAAUGCACACGUCGGUGAUGAAUUUAUGAAACAAAUAGAAGGUGUUGCUGCUUAUUUACCUUAUAUGACAGUACCUGGUAAUCAUGAAGAAAAGUAUAAUUUUAGUAAUUACAGAGCCCGUUUUACGAUGCCUGGAGAUAGCGAAGGCUUAUGGUACAGUUUUAAUGUUGGACCUGUUCACUUCAUAGCUAUAGAAACUGAAGCUUAUUACUUUAUGAAUUAUGGUAUAAAGCAACUUGUUAAACAGUACCAGUGGCUAGAAAAAGAUUUAAUAGAAGCAAAUAUGCCUAAGAAUAGAAUGCAACGACCAUGGAUAGUAACAUUUGGUCACAGACCAAUGUACUGUAGUAAUGCGAAUGCUGAUGAUUGCACCAAUCACCAAAGUCUUGUCAGAGUUGGAUUACCGUUUUUAAAUUGGUUCGCACUUGAAGAUCUCUUUUUUAAGUAUAAAGUAGAUUUAUUAUUGUGGGCUCACGAACAUAGUUAUGAGCGUAUGUGGCCCAUGUACAACUUCAAGGUACAAAAUGGUAGUUAUGAGGAACCAUAUAAGAAUUACAAGGCACCUGUACACAUAGUAACUGGAUCAGCGGGGUGUAAAGAAGGUAGAGAAAAGUUUGUUCCACAGAGACCGGAGUGGUCCGCGUAUCGUAGUGCGGAUUAUGGAUAUACAAGAAUGAAAGCAUAUAAUUUGACUCAUCUUUAUCUCGAGCAGGUAUCGGACGACAAGGAGGGUGCUGUUUUGGAUCAAAUUUGGCUCGUGAAGGACGAUAUUUUACCAGCGUACAAUUUAGAUUACCUUGCAAAUAAAAUAUAAAGUAUAAUUUAGGAAAUAUUAAUUGAAAUAUUAUGUAAACGUCUUCUGUCGUUUUUCUUCAAUAAUGCACCAUAUUCUUUUA